AUGUCGAAGAUCACAAGCUCGACAGCAAGCUUGAUGACCAAUGAGCAUCCUUCCAAGAUUCCAGACCGAACCCAAAAAGCAUUCAAGGACGUUGGAGAGAUGACGGCCUCGAGCAACAUGGUCACGAUCUACGUUGGUCCGGAUAGGAAGUGCUGGACCGUACAUGAGAACUUGAUCUGCGAUCGGACGAGGUUCUUUCGCAGCGCUUUCCGGGGAGGGUUUGCUGAGACGACCGAGAAGUCUAUAUGGUUGGAGGAUGACGACCCCGAGAUCUUCAAGCUCUUCGUCGAGUGGCUCUACGGCUCGGACUUACGCUGCAAAGAGAAGGAUAUGAGGAUCCCUGGUCACGCACGAGACAAGAACCACCCGUUCGACUGGUACGGCUUGGAGGCAUUUGGGCACAAAAUUGCUUCGGAUGAAGUAGUUGAGGUUGCACGUGAUGUAUCUGAGAGCUGCUGGUUGUGUGAUCCUUUCAAACGCACAGUAAAAGUCCAGGAGGUCCAGUUCGUUUACGAGAAAUGCCCCGACUCGUCCCCAUUCCGGGAAAACAUCGAGGAGCGAACUCUGGAGAUGUAUCUUGACCCGAACUUUGGAGACUUCGAACACUGGGCGAGACUCAUAACAUGCAACAAAACUUAUGCCGAAGCGAUCGGAAAGAGUCUGAAGGAACAUAUGAGCUUGGAACUUCCUUUUGAUGAACCCUGUGAGAUCGAAUCUUGCUCGAUACAUUUGCGAAACGAUGAGGCCAGGAAAUUUAUGGGAUAUUAA